AGACCACUUUUCAGGAACCGUUCGCAAGGGAAAGCAGAGGAAUGGCUUCCUGAACGGUGAGGAGGAAGGAGGCGAUUCGAGGGUCAUGUUUUAGGUCCCUUCUCUUCUGUGUGAGGAAGAGAAGAACAGUCCGUGGAGUUGUUUCUGAUAAGAAGGAGACGGAUGGCUGCCACCGCAGUUUCCGUGGUUAGGGGUGGCCUUGCGUCCACAUCUGGCUCAACAUCAGCCUUUGGAGAAACAGUGGCUAAUGCAGGCGGCAGGUUGGGCCGCAGCCAAGGUUACGACGUUGCGCAUCUUGGAUUGGAUGGCUUGGACAGAUUAGACUCAGGCAGCACUCCAGCAUGUUGCAGCACAAUCGGAAGUCAGAUUGCAGAAAGGGGUCGAAGGCGUGGGGUGGAGAACAAUGUGGCUAGGGGCCAUGUUGUUGCAUCUGCUGGGAUCGCAAAGGGUGUCCUGGCAGAGGAUUCGCGAUGGCGGCGAAAGGAGAUGCAUGGCGCAAGGUUGGAUUCGUCAGGUUUCUUGCGAGGCACGCGGUUCUCUUCUCCCAUCCGCUCAUCCUCCGCUCUGCAAAUGGUCAUCGAAGCGCCCCCCCUCUUGGAGGAAGACUUGGCCGUUCCUCUCCCCUGGCACGUUCCUGAUCUACAGGAGCGGAUGAGCACUCUCUCAAGCGAUGCUCGGAAGGGGGGGGCAGCAUUAGAGGCACUCUCGGGCCAGGGUUUCCAUACGGACGGGGCGUUAAGAGAGGGCACUUUGGGGGUGGAUAGGUGGUUGGACGGGGAGGGGGCCCUGCCGCAGCCCCAUCCAUGGCAAGAAGACCUGGAUGCCCUUUCAGCUGUUGCCAAGGUUGCUGAGCUUGCCAAGUUGGCCGUCAAGAGCGCUGAGGACGCGAGCAUCGUCGAGGCGGAGCGAGAAGCGCUAGAAGCAGAGUCGGAGUUCAUUGCUGCGCACCAGUACGAGGAUUUGCUCACACCGGAAGAUUACGCGCUGCUCCAGAAAGCACGCUCGCAGGACGUCGAGGAUUACAAUGCGGAAAUGAAGUCGGGGCCCGACCCGAGCCCGUUCAGGGUGGCCUUUGAGCAGGCUCUUCAAAUGCCGUUGAAAAAGAAGACGGAUGUGGAAAAGGGUGGCGUACGGGCGAAGCGGAAAGCGGCGGGGAAAAGAGCUGCGGGGGGCAGCGGAGCUCUCGAGACUGGGGUGUUUGAGGUCGAACUGGCGGGUAGUAGGGUUUUGAAAACGAAAGUGUCACAAGGGGUGUUGAAAACGAAAGCGUCACGACGGGUUUCGAGAACGAAAGCGUCGCAAGGGGGCAGAACCGCUGUGGUGGAUGCGCCCCCCCGGAAGAGAACGGCAGAGGUGCCAAUGCGGAAACAGACGGUAACGAUGCCGGCUGAGAGGAUCAAACCGGCAGAGGUUGAUUCCUUAGGGAAGGAGUUUGCGGUGCCGUCUUCUCGGCGGGGAACUAGGUUGGCGAGGCGGGAGAGAGCGAAAAGGUGGGCGCACCAGCAGCAGCAGCAGGGGGGACGCCGGUGGCGGGAUGAAAAAGGGGUUGGCGGGGCGCAACCGAACCUGCUGACGAUGAUCACGAGGGACGCUGUGCUAUUGACACCCGAGGAGGAGGUGGAGUGCACGCAGCAGAUUAGGGAGAAGCUACGGCUGGAGCAGGGCGCGGGACAUCUGGCAACCGACCUGGGGCGGGAGCCGUCGAUGGAUGAGCUGGCCGAGAGUUACGGGAUGACGACGGCAGACUUCCGGGAGGUGUGGGUGCGCGGCGAGAACGCCAAGGCGCGCCUCGUCAAAAGCAACCUUCGGCUAGUGAUCUCGAUUGCCAAGGCGUACCAGGGAAGGGGGCUGGAGUUGAUGGACCUCAUACAGGAGGGGAACGUGGGCCUGAUGCGGGGUGUGGAAAAGUUCGACACCUCCCUCGGGUACAAGUUCUCGACUUACGCACACUGGUGGAUCAGGCAGGCCGUCGCUCGGGCAGUGCAAGAGCACGGGAGGACCAUCCGGUUACCGACCCACAUGUACGAGGCGAUCCCCAAGAUCAUUCACGCCAAGCGCCUGCUCAAAGCGAAGCUCCACCGGGACCCGACGGUCCAGGAGAUUGCAGCGCUCACUGAGUACGCCCCCGAGAAAGUGACCCUCGCGAUUGCGGCCAACCAGCGGCCCCGCUCCGCGGAGCAGGUCGGCCGGUAUGGCGGGGGUGGGGACGCAGAACAGGAACCGCAGGAAACGCUGCUGGAUCAGCUCGUGUUGCCAGGCGAUGACGAGACUGGGACCGCGAUGCUUGCAGAGGAUCAUCUUCUUCGCAACCUUGCGGCGGCGCUUGAAACCCUGAACGGCAGGGAAAAGGAAGUUUUGUCCAUGCGAUUCGGCUUGGACGAUGGGAGGCCGAAACCUUUCGAGGAGAUUAGCAUUAAGUUCAACGUCACCAAGGAGCGUAUUAGGCAAAUAGUUCUGAGGGCGCUUAGGAAGUUACAGGACCCGGCCAUAUUCUUGACACUGAAAGACUUUGUAGAGAAAGGUUAAGAGGUAAUUGAAGCCGGGGGGCAUCAUAUCGGAGGGGCGACCGCAGGUUUUAGUUAGUUAGCCACAUUGGCUCACGCUUUUGUGCACAGUACCAUACUAAGCAGGCUAAUGCGCGUUGAGGGCAAAUGUGGUGGUUUGAGAAGAUGGACGAAACGCCGUCGUUCUCAAACUCCAAUGUUAGAAGACUCUCUAGAUCGCAGGGAUGUGGAGUAUUCGAGGGUUAGGCCUUCUUUCCAGAUCAAGGUUUCUCCAAGUCAACUUCUUCGGUGGCAGAUUAGUAGUCAUGGCUUUACGACGAUCUUUAGCUAAUGGGCAGAGACCACUUGUGGACGCUCAUGCAUGCAUGGCUUUCUAAGGAGUUUCACCAAUUUUGGGACCCGUGCGAGGUCCAAACGAAGCCGGCGACUGAGCACAGUUCCAC